AUGAGGGCAUCAUCAGCUGCAAAUUCUGUUCGGAUUUUACCUACAAAUAAAGUCUAUCGACAGUUAUUUGAUGCACAAGUACAAUUAAGUGACGCUUAUAAUCGCGUACGAGAUAAUCAACUUUCCGAACCUAUUAAUAUUGUAACACAUCCUGAUGCAACACCAUUGGUACGAAAUAUUAGACCACAUGAAUCUCAAAAACGGCAAUGGAUUUCAAGUUUACCAUACAAUAAUGAUUCUUCUAUUAAUCCAGUAGCAAUAUUUUUUCAAGAUGAACAAAAACGACGUCAAACUGAAGAAGAACAAGAACUUGAGACAAUUAAACGAGAAGUUUUUAAUUUACCUGAUAAUAUGAAUGGACAUGGACAAACUGAAAAUGAUGUAAAUAGUAAAGUAAAUGUUACUGAAAGAUUAGAAGCUAAACGACAAAUUAAAUUCAAACAAUUAUGGGAUGAAUUUUUAGAGAAAAUUGCUGAAUUAAAUCAAAAUUUAUUAAAAGAAUUAGAAGGAAUAACUCGAGAAUGUAAUAUGUAUUAUGAACAAGGAAAUAAAGAUAUUGAUAAAGAAUUACAAACAAUGAUCUAUCAAAAAGUAUGUUAUAGAUCAUAA